CGUCCCUUCCAGCGCCAGGCGGAGGGAAGAGAAAGGGUCUGUUGUUUUUCUCUCCUUGUUCUCUCUCCCUCGCUGCUGAUCACCAAGCUGCUGACUAGGUCAGAAAGCCCCGAUGGAAAUUCUCCUGUGCUAGGUAGGCUCCUCCUCCUCUAGGGAGCCUGUCCUUGACUAAUUUUUCUUUGUCCCGAUGGGAAGAAAAGAGAGAAGGAAAGAAGAAAAAAAGAAAAACCUCAAACUUCCUUUGAAAACCAGCUUGGAGUCAGGGCCUGGUUCGCACGCCCUAGACUCAGCAACUCGGGAAUUCUGAAGACGCGCUCUGAGCCCCCUGGGAGCACCUGGGCUGCGCCCCUGCCUGCGCCCCUGCCUGCGCUCGCCCUCCUCCGCGCCCCAGAUCCUGGGCGUGAGUCCGGAAGUGGCCGGGACCCAGCCAGGAUGGCCACUCGCUCAUAAACCUGUGUAAGCUCCGGCGUUGACAGCUGGAAGGCAGCUGGGACUGUGGCAGCGCCCCCAUCGAAUUGCAAGAGCUGAACCCUCUUCUCAGUCCUGGAACAACCUUCUUUAAGUCCUUGUCCUCAUCUGUUCCAGGGAAGCUGACACCACCCAAUGUCUUCAAUCAUCCCACUGGACUCGCCCCUCCCAGACCUGAGAGCCCUGUGCAGUCACAGCAAGUUAGAGGCGAAAGACCUCAGCCUGGGGCUGCUCUUCUGUUUACCGAAGCUCACAAAGACACUGCUUCCCAUAGCCAGGAGGGACUGCAGACACUGUCCAGCCUUCCACAGCACAUUCGUCUUCUAAGAUUUUUCUGAGCCCAUUUGCUUUCUAGCGCCAAUGAUUUUCCUCUCACUGGAUUAGUCUCUGUUUUGCACAUCAAGCCUAGAUUAGGCAACUCCCGGAGGACUGUAAAGUCUUUUGGUGCCUCUCAGUUGAUCUCUUCUGGCCAUGGAACACCAUCAACUUGAGUGUCCAGUCUCUGGCAAGGCCAGGACUGCAGAAGCAGUCAGCCCUGAAAACCACGAGGUCCCAUCAGUACCAAAUGAGCAUCCCCAGGACAAGGAUGUCGGAGAUGUUGAUGGGGUGGCCAGAGAUGCUACUGGGGCAGCCAAUGAUGCUGAUGAGGUGGCCAGAGAUGCUACUGGGGCAGCCAGAAAUGUUGAUGAGGCGGCCAGAGAUGCCACUGGGGCAGCCAGUAAUGCUGAUGAGGCGGCCAGAGAUGCUGAUGGGGUAGCUGGAGAACAGGAGCCAGCAGAUCAAAGGUCACUGCCAGUCCAGGACCAGGAUAAUCUCGAGUCCCCUUCACCUGACACUAGUUUAAACCAGCCAGGGCCAGACCAUGGGACAGGGCCUGAGGCAGAGACAUUAGGGGCGUGCUCCAGGCCCCAGGAGCUUCCCCAGUCCCCCAGGGCCCAACAGCUCGAACUCGAUUUCUACUGUGUAAAGUGGAUCCCCUGGAAGGGAGAACGGACACCCAUUAUCACCCAGAGCACUAAUGGCCCUUGCCCUCUGCUCGCCAUCAUGAACAUCCUCUUUCUUCAGUGGAAGGUGAAGCUGCCCCCUCAGAAGGAAGUGAUCACAUCAGAUGAGCUCAUGGCCCAUCUUGGGGACUGCCUCCUGUCCAUCAAGCCCCAGGAGAAGUCAGAGGGACUUCAGCUUAAUUUUCAGCAGAAUGUGGAUGAUGCAAUGAGUGUACUGCCCAAACUGGCCACAGGUCUGGAUGUCAAUGUGCGAUUCACAGGCAUCUCAGAUUUUGAGUAUACACCCGAGUGCAGUAUCUUUGACCUACUAGGGAUACCUCUGUACCAUGGCUGGCUUGUUGAUCCACAGAGUCCUGAGGCUGUGAGUGCAGUUGGGAAACUGAGUUACAAUCAGCUGGUAGAGAAGAUCAUCACCUGCAAGCACUCCAGCGACACCAACCUCGUGACCGAAGGCCUUAUUGCUGAGCAGUUCCUGGAGACCACCGCAGCGCAGCUGACCUACCACGGACUGUGCGAGCUGACCACCGCUGCCAAGGAGGGCGAAUUGAGCGUCUUCUUCCGAAACAACCACUUUAGCACCAUGACUAAGCACAAGAGUCACUUGUACUUACUGGUCACCGACCAGGGCUUUCUACAGGAGGAGCAAGUGGUGUGGGAAAGCCUGCACAAUGUGGAUGGAGACAGCUGCUUUUGUGACUCUGACUUUCACCUAAGUCAUUCCCUGGGCAAGGGGCCUGGAGCAGAAGGUGGGAGUAGCUCCCCAGAAAAGCAGCGGCAGCUGGACCAGGACUACCUGAUCGCCUUGUCCCUGCAGCAGCAGCAGCCACAAGGCACCUUGGGUCUUAGCGACUUGGAGCUGGCCCAGCAACUUCAGCAAGAAGAGUACCAGCAGCAACAAGGGGUCCAGCCUGUGCCAGCAAGGGCCCUGUCACCACAGGGGAGAGGAGCCCCAUCUGGACGCCCUGGCGGAGAGCGGCGGCGGAGGCCAAAGCAAGAGUCCGACUGUGUCCUCCUGUAGCUCUGCCCAGUGCCAGGCUGCCCUGCCUCUUCCUUCAGAGGCCAUGGCUAUUUUGCUUGCUCUCCCAGGUCAACCCCUGAGAUAUGCAGGGUAACUUAUUUACGGACUCUUAGGGAUCAGAGCAGGAAGUAAAUGUCAAGGACAGACUUAGUGACAUCCUUGCUCUCACGUGCUGCAGCCUUCUCUUCUUCCCAAUCGCCCAGGGCAACAGCGGGACUGGUGUGGUGAGGAUUUCUGAUUCCCAGCUCCCCUUUCCCAGAAUGUCACACUAAUAUACAGACUCAGGCUCCAAGGGGAGGUCCCUGUCUAGAAUGCAUCCCCCCAACUUCUUGCCCUUCUGGCUCUCCUGCAGGCCGCCUCCCUUUGUUUCAGGUUUUGAUUUGGGUUUCUAUCUUCAUUAUUUGUAAUGCCUUCCUAGGGGUUUGAAAAUAAAACUUAUCUCCUGAAAUCUGUUGUUUGCC